CACAACCUCGCCGUAAUCUCACCGAGCAGCCAUCGCUGAAAGAAAAUCACAUCAAAAAUGUUUAAAACCUACAAAACACAAACUAAAAACCAAAUAUAAACGGCACAGUGAACAACAAAAGUGUUAACGUGAAAAAAGAAACAAAAGAAUCGCGUUUAAAUUCAAAAAUGGAACAAUGAAAAUCGGGAAGAUGGCUGCUCGGGAAACUGUUAAUUCAAUACAAUAAUGUAGAUCAAAGUUGUUAUAGUAUAGUGUAAAGAAGUCUUCCAAAUUAGAAAUAGGUAAAUUAUGUAUUAGGUAUAAGAAAGCUAAACUAAAUUUAGGUAAAUCAAUGUCUUCCCAUUGACGUCAAUUUCAAACAAAAGUCAAUAAAAAUAAUUUACAUGAAAAAAUCUUUAUUCAAUUUGAUAAAGAGAUCAAGGUUGGCCUGAAAUUUGUAAGAAGGAAAUAAAAAGCGUUCAAGAUGAUAAAUCUGAACCGGUUCAAACUGCCUCCGCUGAAGAAUGCCCUGGACGUGGCUAUGCAGACGGUCCGCCAGCAGAUGCCAGACAAACCUGGCCCUCCCCCACGACCUCCACAGAAUGUUAGAUUUGCGAACUUGGAUAACAUGGGCGAAAGCUGCGAGUUGUCUACAAUGAACGAGACGACAUCGCCGACUUACCAAUCGACCAAUCCGACGAACCCGUUCCUGAGCGGAAACCUACAGGCCGAGGACUCGUUCACCAGCUACCAGAACACGUAUCCUCAACAGGAUGGCGCACCCAGGACUCAGAGCAUGCAAAGCGUCGAUUUUUAUGCUUCUUCUGAAGAAGGGGGUUUUGAAGAAGGUGGAGGUAACUCUGGGGCGAAAAUCAACGAGUUUCAAGCUGCAUGGAAUGUAACUAAUGCUAUACAAGGCAUGUUCGUGGUGUCCCUGCCGUUUGCUGUACUCCAAGGUGGCUACUGGGCCAUUGCAGCAAUGAUAGGCAUUGCCCACAUUUGCUGCUACACCGGCAAGAUCCUCGUCGAAUGCCUGUACGAGGAUGAUCCUGUAUCAGGGCAACGCGUAAGAGUUCGUGAUUCUUAUGUAAGCAUUGCCAAAGAAUGCUUUGGCAGAAAAUAUGGUGCACGCAUUGUCAAUAUCGCCCAAAUUAUCGAACUGGUCAUGACUUGCAUUCUUUAUGUUGUAGUGUGUGGAGAUCUCAUGAUUGGCACUUUUCCUGACGGAUCUAUAGAUACGCGAUCUUGGAUGAUGCUCACAGGAAUAUUCCUCCUGCCUCUAGGGUUUUUAAAAUCGCUGAAAAGCGUCAGCAUGCUGUCAUUCUGGUGUACAAUGAGUCACUUGAUAAUAAACGCUAUUGUGCUGGGCUACUGCAUCCUUUAUAUCGGCGAGUGGGGCUGGGGUAAGGUCAAAUGGAGUUUAGAUUUCGAAAACUUCCCAAUCAGCUUAGGAGUCAUCGUUUUCUCCUACACAUCUCAGAUUUUCUUGCCCACUUUGGAAGGAAACAUGGAAGAUCGCUCUAGAUUCGAAUGGAUGUUAAAUUGGUCGCAUAUAGCAGCAGCAGCAUUCAAAUCCAUUUUUGGGUAUCUCUGCUUCUUGACAUUCCAAAAUGAUACCCAGCAAGUUAUCACUAACAAUUUACGAUCUGCAGGUUUCAAGGGCCUGGUGAAUUUCUUUCUUGUGGUCAAAGCAAUACUGAGUUAUCCUUUGCCAUAUUAUGCUGCAUGCGAUUUGUUGGAACGUGCUCUUUUCAGAGGCAAACCAAAAACAUUAUUCCCAGUGAUCUACGCCCUCGAUGGGGAGUUGAAAGUAUGGGGUCUUGCUUGGAGGCUCGGGGUGAUAAUGUUCACAGUUCUGAUGGCUAUAUUUAUUCCCCACUUCGCUAUACUCAUGGGAUUUAUAGGAAGUUUUACUGGUACGAUGUUGAGUUUCAUCUGGCCAGCAUAUUUCCAUUUAAAAUUGAAGGGAAACCAACUUGAGAGCACCACUAUCGCUUAUGACUACUUCAUCAUAGGGCUUGGAGUCUUAUUCGGGAUCAUAGGAAUGUAUGAUUCAGGUUCUGCUCUUAUAAAAGCUUUUAAGAUAGGUUUACCGUUCUAAUUUAUAGUAGAUUUAGGUGAUUGUUGAACUAUUUUUAGAUAAACGCAAACUUCGUACCUAUGAAUUGUCGCAUACAGCGACUUUGUUGCAAAUUAUGGUUACAUAAUAACCGACUUUCGUGUAUUUUUUGCAAGUCAUGACUACUUGAUACGGCGAUAUACCUAUAUAAUUUAUAUCAUUUUAGUAUACAAAAAUGUCUUCCAUUGUAUUUACAAAAUUUAAUUAGUGAAAUUAGCUUAAUAUACAUAUAUAUAUA